CGCUCGGUCCCUCCCCUGCCACCCGCUCCCGGGGAAGUAUGCUGGCAGCUGCACUGUCAUCGUCCUCUUCCAGAAUCUUCUCCAGAACCAUCGCGAAGUCCACCACCUCCUCCCUCUUCUCCUCCCCGCGCUCCGCUCCUCGCCUCGCGACCCGCUCGAUGGCCGACUCCGCCGCCGCUUCCGCCGCGUCCGCCGCUCCUUUCACCAAAGUCCGCAUCCAAAGAGAGGACACCGCCUUUGACGCAUAUGUGGUUGGAAAAGACAAUGCCCCCGGGAUCGUGGUGUUGCAGGAGUGGUGGGGUGUUGAUUUUGAGAUCAAGAACCAUGCUCUGAAAAUUUCCCAAAUGGAUCCUGGGUUUAAGGCUCUCAUCCCAGAUCUUUAUCGAGGAAAGGUUGGUCUAGAUGUUGCAGAAGCACAGCAUCUUAUGGAUGGUCUUGACUGGGCGGGUGCUGUAAAGGAUAUCGGCGCCUCAGUUAACUGGCUUAAGGCUAAUGGAUCUAAGAAGGUUGGUGUGACUGGUUUCUGCAUGGGAGGUGCUCUUUCCAUUGCAAGUUCUGUUCUGGUCCCUGAAGUUGACUGCGUGGUUGCCUUCUAUGGUGUGCCUUCUUCCGAGCUCGCUGAUCCCGCUAAGGCUAAGGCUCCUGUGCAGGCUCAUUUUGGGGAGCUUGAUAAUUUUGUUGGCUUUUCAGAUGUGGCGGCUGCCAAGGCUUUAGAGGAGAAGCUGAAAGCUUCUGGAGUCCCUCACGAGGUACACAUUUAUCCGGGCAACGCACACGCUUUUAUGAACAGGUCUCCUGAUGGUGUUAAGCGGAGGAAGAAUAUGGGAAUGGAGGAUGACAAUGAAGCUUCAGCCGAGCUUGCAUGGUCUCGCUUCAAGUCGUGGAUGUCCCGCUACCUUCUUCCGUAGACGACUUAUCUUACGUGUGUAUGUGUGCGUGCGUGCGGUAUGUUCAUAUUUCCAAGAUGCUGCUUUAGAUGAUGCGUCAAGGUGUCAAUAGUGAGUACGUGGGACCGUCUAAAUAAGUGGUGUUCGUAUCUUCUAAUCCACUGUAGGCUCUGUAAUACGAGUCUACGUCGUCUGCGUUUGUUACCAAUUUCAUCUAUACUGGAGGAUCAAUCUGACAUAGAUGGUUUGAAAUAUGAAGUUUGAACCUGCACUCUCAGUUUGAUGGUUCAAAA